AUGGCUUUUGAGAGGAUCAGCGAAGCAGUGGGCAAGCGUCAUAAGUGUCGCCGUGCUCACCACAGACUAAGAAGCGCAUCUAAUUCUGGUUCGGAGUCAGAACUCCAGUACUGCUUGGAUGUACCCCAUCCCCAAGCCACAUAUUGGUCACCCAACCGUCUUGAGUGGCCCGAUUGGCUGGCCUGCUCGAGUACACCGCGUACGGGCGUCUUAACAGAGUCAGUAAUGGCCCUUUUGAUUGAAAACGGGAACAAAAGGGAUGCCUUCGGUCCACCAGAAGCCAUUAAUGCUUCUGCACUCUUUUCGCCGUGGUUGUGUGAACUUCGCCAGGAUUCCAUUACUUCAUUUUGUGAUUUGGUCAACCGCCUCAUCAAGAAGUUGGAAGUCGCUCCAGAGGUAUACUCCUUUUUUCCAGAUUCGUUGUUGGCCGACCAACUUGUUGAUUCUAAACGACGCCAAGAUGCAUUUGAGCCCUUAUUUAGAAACUGGCUCCAGGGUCGUUCCGUCAGUGGUGACCCAGGCUUUGGAAGCUCCGUUCCCAACUCAGCUUCGAUGACCAUUCCUAAAGUGACCAACGGGUCUGCAACUGUGAUAUGCAUCGACAAUGUGUGGCAAUGGGACCCAAUCAGCGCGGUAAAUGCCUAUCUGCGCUCCGCGAGCAUUGUUGACCAGAUUUUCACGCGAUUGCCCUGCUCUGAGGAGGGACACACUCUCGUGGACUGGCGCCGGCUCAGUAAGAGCAGGGACUUUCCGAGUCUUCAGAUGAUUCUGGCCACAAGCACCUCGGAGGCGGGACGGCAGCUACUAAUGGACCUAUUUCUGUGCCAAAAACAGGCUGAGGAGAUUAAGCUGAUCCAAAUGUCUCUCAUUGACGUCGCAUUGAACUUAAACACACCGGACGUGGACAAGCUGAUAAAGAGUGCGGAGCCCUUUCAGGCUAUUCCCAGAGCUGUUUUUAACAUUCUGUGCCAACGCAAACGCUACGACUACCUUCCGGUGGUGGAGUUAGCUGUUGCCGCGGCGGAGGCAAAGGCAGCGGCAACCCCCGAAGCGCUUAAAGUGGGUUCAACCGCCACCAGCGCCAGUGUGGAGGGCCUGCUGCGACGCUAUGAAAACGCACUGAUGUUGGCACACUCUGAGGACGCUGCCUCUGAUGCCUCUCUUCUCACCGAUGACGACGGGCUGCAGCACUGCCGACCCAUCCUCCUUAACGCUCUUCGUGACGCCUCCCAACUAGACAAUCCGGAUGAGGUUUUACUCGUGUUAAUCCGGUUUAUCUGGCUUCUGCCCUCGCGCGGCUGCAAUCCAAACUCCAGAGCCAACGCUCCUCUCAUCAACACUAUUGAUGUGCGUCUGGUUUACAAACUUCUUCCCCUCCUCUUUCAGAGCAUUUUUCAAACCGCUACCUCCACUGCUUCCUUCAAGGGCUCUGCUUUAGAGAAGUUCCUGAAGAUGCACAACCCUGAAUCAAUGGGACGGUGCCUAUUGGGCGCAGCCUACCGACGUCACUUGCUGCCCGCCUAUCGAGAGAGUGUACGCUACGUGGGUUUCCCGCAGCUGGUCUCGCCGGUGGUGCAGAUGUUCAAAGACCUCACAGCAGCGCACCAUCAGCCCUCUGCCGCUUCGUCCGCGCUCCAAUCUCUGCGACAUCGAUCCACCGUCUCCGCAGCCGGUUCCACUGCCUCCGAUAGCAGUGAUCCCACCCUGCUCUCCAAUGUCAGCAAAUUCAUAGCAAUGAGUGGAGUGGUGGUGGGUCGGCGGGCGCCAGCCCCCUACGCCGCUCCUCUGGUGAUUCUCGUUAUUCACGGCACCAUCACAUGGACACUGGCGCGGGACAUCGUCUCUGCAGUUACCCGCAACGCUCCUCAAUCCCUCGAAGUCCUCAUAGUCUGCAACUUCCUGUUGAGGGGGCGUGAUGUAUUUCACCAAUGCCUCCUCUGA